CACUGCAGCUCGUGUGUGCAGCGUCUUUGUAUUUUCCCACUGCCGCGUCCAAAACUCUCACACGCACUGCAGCUCUCCUAUAGUUCUAACCUACUUCCCGGCAAAGGUUCAAUCACACAAGAAAAACCAAAACAUUUUCCAAACAGCAGCUCAAAAGUGCAGAAAUCAUUCAUUGCAGCUUAUUUGUUUCUAUACCCGACAGAGAUAUGUGACAUUCUGUCCCACUGUAAACAAUCCAGCGGUCUGUAUACGUCCAGGAUCCAGUCUGGUAAAACACUUUGCAACAAGGCCGGUCUGGAUUUGCUGUUAGCCGCUGCCCGUUUACCGUUUCCGGCUCUGGGGAAAUGUUUUGCUCACUGGUGACAUGAUACGAACAAAUACAAAGAGGUCAGGUUGUAAAACGUCUCAAAUACCUGCGGACUGACCGUGAGGAAAGAGAAAAACCUAAAGAAUAAGUGAGCAGGGCCGUGUGCACUGGGAGGGAGGGGCUGUGAUAAAGGGAUGUUCAAGCCCACAUGUUCAUUGGGCUCUAAUCAUACACGGCAUAGGAAAUAGGUGCGGUGAGGAGAUUCCUUAAAAGACAGGAAUGGAUUUUCCCUCUUUUUAAAAGGACGUUUCUUAAAAAUCUGCACAAAAAGGGUGUGUUGUUUUCUUCAGGAAUCAUGAAAGGACGCUUAAAUUCACAUCAGAGUUUCAAUGCUCCUCCGUGUUCUAAGAUGAAGUUAUGGAAAGGUGCUACUUUUGCCUUCAUGCUCUGUGGCGCAGCCCUGUCCAUCCUCCUCGUUAGAAACAUGGCCGCCGUCGGACAGUUCAGACCCAAGACAAAGUAUCCACACACGUCCUCAUCCUCCUCGAGAGCGUCUUCAUCGUCAGGAUCGACGCCCAGAACCUCGCUGCCACCGGCGGUGUUGUCCCGGCAGAUGGGCGGAUCCCAUCGGAGAACCCGCUCGGCGGACAACGUGAACUCUCUCCUCACUGAUUUUACCAUGAUGUUCCAGAGCUUCACCGAGGGCGAGCUCCAGCAUGUGGUUGGCAGCUUGCUCGACCGGAAGAGAAGGAAGAGCUGGCGUCUGGGCGACAGCCAGGCCCGCAGGACUAAGAGAGCGCGGCGGCCGAAGCCCUGCUCCGUGAGGGAGCUGGAGAUGACCGUGAGCGAACUGGGUCUCGGCUACGACAGCGACGAGACGGUGCUGCUGCGCUACUGCAGCGGCAAGUGCUUGGCCCACCGGCACAACUACGACAUUACCAUGGAGCACAUGAUGCGGACGGGCUUCAGGAAGAAGGGCCGCAAGGACAAGGUCGGCAACGGGCCCUGCUGCCGGCCGACGGCGUUCGAAAACGACUUUUCCUUCCUGGACAACAACAGCCGCUACCACACGAUACACAACGUGUCGGCGAAGAACUGCGGCUGCGUAUGACCCCAGAGAAACGGACGUGUUGUUUCUUCAUGCUGCUCUCGGCCUCGGGUGGAUGAGUUAAACAGGGAUGCUGUUAAAAGACAAACGCAGAAAUCUUUGGAAUAUAAACUCAAGGAGAAGAGGAGAAGAAGGGAAUAUGUACUUGGCUGCUGCACGGCGGCCAUGACAGACAGACAGACUUUGAAUGCGUCUGUCACCACAACUCGGGACGUUUGUGUGGAUUCCAAUGUAAAACCAAAACAAGACAGAACAUGACAACGUUUUUUAUCAUCUUUUCUAUCUGUGUAGUAACACUGUGUACUGUGGUCUGACAACAACAUAGCAGCAUUUCAGUGAAUCACCUUUCAGGCAAAAGAAAGGGCUCAAAUGUCAACAGACAAACAAAACAAACAAGCAAACAAGCAAACAAGCAAACAAAGAUACAUUGAAAGCAUCAAGGUUUUCUUUAAGUUCUGUGCGGGACAGUUUGCUCCGUUGACCUAAUUAUAGCUUCUCGUGAUAAGCUAUAUUGACACAGGGCACGACUGUGUUUGUUGCAUCCCUGUUACUGAUUGCAGUGUUAUUACACAGGUAUAAGAAGAAGUGUUAUUGAUGAUGAAAGAAAAUACUUUUUUCUAUAGCUCAAGGUUUGAUACCCACUUUUAAUAAAUGUUUUGUAUAUCGAUGAUUUGUAGAUUAACAGCGAGGACCUGCGUCACAACACACACGUGAACAAUAUGAACAUUGCUACCAUUUGCUCUUCAUAGUAAAUCACAAGUCCUUUUUUUAUUUUUUAUUUUUAAAUAACCCAGUAUUACAAUUACCCAUAAUCCCCUAGAAUUGCCAAAACACACCAAGUCAAUUUCAACGAGCAUAAUUCAUUCACAAACUUAAAUCACAGACCGUUUAUAAAGAUGGACGACGAGAAAACUGCCCACAAGGGACACCAAGCGUUCUUGAUCGCCCUCUGGUGGCUGGCUGCGGUACACAGCAUCAACCCUGCUUCCUCCGUUUUGAGGCUGCUGCCCACUAGAGGAUAUUCAGACAAUUAUCUGCCCAAAUAAUCCUCACGUGUUGGAAGUUCAUAAAAUAAUCUCAAUACAACCGAUUGAAUAAGAGCCUCCCGAUCUGGAAUCAUAAAUAUCCAAAUCGUAGCAAUAGCAUGGAAACUCCCGAAUUAGUUGAUAUUUCCGAUAAUCGGCCCCGACAGAAGCCAGUAAUAGCCAAUGAGAGCAAGCUGACUGGGAAGCGUCACCAACCAGAUGCUGCAACUAAAAACAACAACAAAUUAUUGGGCACAAUUUAACUUUUACAUAAAAGUUUGGGUAAGCUUGAUUCAUAGCUUACAAAAACAUUUAUGUAAAAGUUAAAUCAUUUUUUUCUCAAAGAUUGUUUCUGUUGUUUUCGGUGCCAUGUGUCACACUGAUAUUCGUUCUCCAAUAAAUUUGGUUUUCAAUUAGUUAUGAGAGGCUAUGAAAACAAACCGUCAGCUAGCGAUUGGUCAGGACUCGACGUUUUAAAAAACAAGAUGGCGUCACCACUGUAACUUCAUCUUUGCCCAACGGGAGGAGGCGGAGACCUGUCGUCCAUCUUUAUAAACAGUUUAUGACUAAUUCAUCUAUCGUGACAUCUCGCGUGUUAACACCUCUGUGAUCGUCUCUGGUUGUAACUUGUGAAUGUUUACACAGAGUUUCUGUAAAGUCUCACGUGUGAAAGAGGAGAACGCUCUUUUGUGUUUCUCUUGCUGACAGUAAACUAUGAAGUCGAGACGUGAUCUGAAAUGUGUUGGCGCCGCUAAUCCCCCCCCCCCCCCCCCCGUAGCCUGCUGUGAUCAGAGCAGCCUUCUAUUGGCCAAUCGAAUGCCUCCUUGUUGUUUUGCCUCGUAGACUUUUAGCGGGAAACUAAGCUGUUGAAAUUAAUUAUGAAGCAUUUUUUUCACCUUCAAUCAUUAUUUGGUUUGAACCCGUUGCAACUGUUUGCCUGAAGUACGAUAAAUUAUAUUGUUCUGUUUUUUUUCCUGAGGAGGUGCAGUGCAGGGCGCGGAUGCGGUGCAUCUUUAUUGUAGUUUAUAUUGUAUUUAUUUGGGACGUAAAUUAUGGUUUUUGCAUAUUUAUUUAGAUUACCACACAGAAGAGGGACAGCUUAUUAUCAUUAAGCAACUGUGCCAAAAAAUGUUUUAUCUAACAUUCUAUAUUGACUGCUGAAUAAACGUUAUUUCAGAGGUAUGACAGUGAUCAUUUCUCCCAAACUAUUGAUCUUUGGGUGUCAGAUAUUCUGUACUCAGACUGUAUUUAAAAUAAAUAAAGAAAUACGUAUUAAUAAAAAUGUUAUCAUGCAACAUCCUGUUAAUAAAGAAGUGAACGCUGUGAGGAAGUGUGAGGAUCACAGCAGCAGGAGGAUGAACUGAUGAAUAAAAACACAAGUUACACCUUU